UAUUACCGGACCAUCCGCGGACUCUAAUUGAAAGGGAACAUGUCGCCAAUACUGGUUCAGAUUCUGAGAUGGUUCAUGCAGUCAAAGCUAUGGAGAUUCCUGGGUUUUGCUUCUGCUCUCGUUGGACUACUUUCCUACGCUCUCAGCUCUUCAUUUACCCAUCUAUUUGGAAACUGGAACUCCUUCAAAAUAUUCCUUUACACUGUUUUCAGCUUCAUCAUCUGUGUCAUGGUUUUGUUCGCAAAAAUAUGGCAACACUGUAGCAGUAUGCGUUUAAAAGCUCAUUCCAUAUUUUUGGUUUUGACCAUUACCUCUAUUUAUUCCUUUUUUGUCGAUAAAGUUGUGACUGGAAAACCAGAUGCAUAUAGCUUAAUUUCGUGUGUUGCGUUUGCUAUCAUGUCACUGAGCUUGUCGAGGCAAACUCAGUGCGGAUUUGAAGCCGAUCUUUUAUAUUUUUUUCUUGGAUGCUUAACAGUUCAAUUGAUGAAGAUUAAGUUGCAAUUAGUUGUUGUUGGAGUGGGUUUUAGCUAUGCCGUUAUUAUUCUUCGUUAUUAUUUACACGCUACACAAGUAAAUGAAUAUCGUGCACUUGAAGAUCAACGCCAUGUAGUCAUUCAAGUGGAUUCACAGCAAUUGAGUAAUACUAAUAGAGCUACUAUUAGGGAACACUUCAUAACUUGUAUGGAGAAGCUUCAAGAGAACAAUUUGAAUGUCACAAAUUUGCUUUUGAAGCAAGUUAAGAACAAGUGUGAAGUGUUCGUGACAGACCACAACUUCUUCAUUGAUGCGUUGCCGGCAGAAACAAUCAACAAUCUUCAUGAAGCUGCAAAAUUGAUGGCGAGUGUUGGGUUUGAGAAGGAGUGCUUUGAUGUAUACAGUUGUUGGAGGAGGAAAUGGUUGGAGGAAUGUGUAAUAAAUAAGUUUUUAGGGUUGCAAAAGAUGGGAUUUCAUGAUUACAUGAUUGGAAGAUGGAAUAAAGCUUCCAAGGUUGCUCUUAGGAUAGUGUUUCCCAGUGAACGGCGACUAUGUGAUUGUGUCUUCUCAGGGUUCUCUUCAGUUGAUGUUGAUCUUUGUUUCUUAGAGGUUUGUGGUGGAGCCACUGUUAAGUUGCUGAAUUUUGCUGAUGCAUUUGUGAGUCGGAGCCCUGAAGCGUGGCGUUUGUUUAAAAUCAUUGACAUGUUUAAGACAUUGCGUGACCUAAUUCCUGAAUUCCGGUCAUUGUUUCCUAAGUCGUUGGUGAAUGAAGCAAUCACAGUCAAAAACAGAUUGGGAGAAGCAUGCAGGGAUAUUUUCAUGGAAUUUGAGACUCUGAUUUUUCAGGUGCCAUCGGCAGAGUUAGAUGCUUCAGACGAUGGUGGGGUUCAUCCAAUGACUAGCAGCGUCAUCAACAACCUCCUCCCUGCUUACUGGUCACAACAGAUCUUGGAUAAAAUCUUACAGGAGUACCCCAAGGUUAAUGAUGGAGCUGGAGCAUUUUCAUUCUCUGUACUUAUGAACAGGAUAAUGAAGCAACUUGAAAGAAAAUUAGAAUCCAAGAGCAAAAUCUACAAGGACCCUGCACUGUGCUAUUUUUUCAUCAUGAAUAAUCUGAGGUGUGUGCAGUGGCAGUUGGAAACCUUGGCUGACGAUGAUUGGUUCCGAAAAAGCACAGAACAAAACUUUGAACUCUAUCAGAGAAGCUCAUGGAAUAAGGUACUGGACCUUUUGAAGCUGGAUUGCAAUGAGUUGAUGGCGCCUAUUGUUGAAGCAGAGUCAAUGCAAGACAAGCUCAAUUUAUUCAACAAGUAUUUUGAGGAAAUUUGUAGUGUUCAGUCCACAUGGCAUGCCUUUGAUAAGCAGCUAAGGGAACAAAUAAUAAUAUCCCUAGAAAACAUCUUCUUACCAGCAUAUGGAAACUUUAUUGGGAGGUUCCACGAGGUUCUUGGUAUGCAUGCUGAUGAGUAUAUUGAUUAUGGAGUGUCAGACAUUCAAGAUCGACUCAACAAUUUGUUUGAUGGAAGCAAGCUGAUUAAUCAGUGUAGCUGAAAGAGAAGGAAAUGAUCAAAUCAAAGGGCUAAGCUUGUUUGAAGUUAGAAUACAAAAUUUCUACAUAAUUCUUGAAGGAUUUGUGGUUGUGCCCUACGCAUCAUUUGUUUUCUACUCAGAAUCAGAAAGGCGUGUUUCCUUUCCAGGCGACCAUCUAUAUGGACCUUGUUAGAAGUGGCCCUUGAUGGUCUCCAAAUUUUAACCGUUGGAUAUAAUCAUAUAAUAAUAAAUAAAUCAAUGAUUAAGAUGAAUGACCCGAAACUUAUUUUGUAACUUGUUAUAGAGAUGUAAUGUAAAAUCAUUCAUGUUUGGUUGACAAAUUUGGGGAGGAUGGAUCAUGAUGUGGUUGAUGCAGGUUUGAGUGACAAUGAUUAGCAUUUUAAGAAACAUAUUUUUUUACGUUAGAUUAUUCUUUUAAUUUUGAUGUAUUUUAUUAAUUUUGAUUAAAUCUGUGGUUGAGCUCACAAUUUGUAUAACAAAAUGCAGUUGCUAAAUUCAUAUAUCUCUAUUGUAUGUUCAGUUAUUCACUACAAUUUAUAGUACACUCCAUGA